CGGGCAGAAAGAUUUGGCCUUUAAAUGCGUGGAAAACAUAAGUUAAAAUUUUCCGAGUAUCUAUUUAUUUUGUUGAAUUCUUCAUUCGUUGUUAUUGGGAUAUGGAUCUUGGAAAUUCAAACCUUAAUCCUUCGUCUAUCAUCGAUUUGAAGGCAGAAUUGCAUAAAAGGUAUGAAUUGUUUAAGAAAGCUAAGCUGGCCCAAAGUACAGAGCCUGUAAAGCGUACUCCGCUAAAGAAUGAAAAGAAAGUUUUGCAUUCAAGUAAAGAGAAAAAAAUUAUUGAGACUGUGGAGCCUGUUGAUACUGAAGAGAAACUUGCAUUAGAAAAGUCUCGAUUAGCAUUGGAAGCUAAAGCUAAAUUGUAUGAAAAAAUUACUUCAAAUAAAAUUCUUAUAGAUGAGGAAGAAAGUGAGAGAUACUUAGUUGAUUUUCAGAGGAAGGUCUUGUAUGACACACCAGUACCAGAAGUUGUUAAAGAAACAGUUGACUCUUGCAACUCUCCUAAAAUAGAGGAAAAUACUCAAAAUAAUACCAAGGAACAUACACAGAACUCAGUCCAUAGUUUUGAAAAAUCAAAUGGAAAAAAGUCUGAAUUACCUGAUGCUGAUCAACCUGUGCAUUACCAGAAUGUUCGUUAUAAUGAAGUGAGAGAACAUGGCACAGGAUAUUUUGCUUUUUCAACUGAUGAAGCAAAGAGGAAAGAACAAAUGGAAGAAUUAAUUUCUUUAAGACAAGAAACCGAAGAACAAAGGAAUUUAAAACAAAGACUACAAAGGAAGCGAAAAGCAAUGUUAGAAGCUCGCUUAACAAAAAUUUGUGAAAGGAGAAACAUAAACUCAGAUGUUAUAGAAGCAUAUACAUCGAAAGGGGAAACAGAAAAGGAUGAUGUACCUGAGCCACAGACUGUAGAUCUUACUUCAAUUCCUCUUCCUGAAACAAAACCUGAAUCUCGGAAGAAGGAACCCAAAAUUAGGCCAUGGGAUAUUGGAAAAACUGAUUUAUCCUCAUUUGUUCCCGAAAAACGCGAAAUAAAAAGCCAGAAUGAAUACAUUGAAGAAAGGCGAAAUGAACGGCUGGAAGAGUUUGCACCACCAUCAUUUUACAAGUGAAACUAAUUUACAGAAAAUGUAUUGUUCAUAUUUUUAUAGAAAUGUAUAUCAUAAAUAAGCAAUGUAUAUAAAUGUAAAUAAAAUUAUUUAUUAUAUUGUC